GCUGGACUGCACGUACGCCGUGAAAUCUGCGCUUCCGGAAGCGGCACGGGAGGUGUCAGGAGACAGCUUGCUGCUCCAUACCGCGCCCUUGUGUCCUAUGAAAGUCCCUAUCCAGUCGCCCGUCCAUUCGCGCAGCAUCGGGUUCCCGUCCUUGCAGCUCGAGAUGAGCACAUACGUGUUGUCGUCUUGCAGGGCGGAGAAGGAGAGGUGGGUGACGGGUCGCGUGUGGCCAGGUGCCACGAGAGGGACGGCUUUCGGCGGGAUGAACGACAUUGCUGGGCAAAAUGGGGAUUGAGUUAGGUGGGAAGGAGAUCGUACAACGUGGGCGUGAUGAAAGUCGUGAUACAGGCGCACCGCGCACUGCUGGGUCGAGGUCGAGGAGGCUGGUCGAGUGGUGGGCUGCAACGCGCUUCAAAACCGGGCAGUGGCCUGUCUGAUGCCACGUGCCCGGCGCCACCGCCUCUGUGCUGCACUUGUUCGUCGCGUUCUGCUCGAGUUGCCUGCGCUCCUCCAUUCAGUGUCCCUGGCGGUCUGCUGCAGCAUCUGCUUGUGCAUAGGGGCUGGCGACUUCUUGCCUAUGCCUCUCCGAGAAAGUCCUUUGGGGUGCGACUAACAGUAGCUGAAGUCGUCUUCUUUAUCCCGCGUAUCAGAACCAGCCUGAGCGUAGCGGCCACUUCACGUACGUACAAGAAGCACUACUGCUCUAUAAAUUGCAGGACUGCGGGCGUUUGUGAUUGCUCAUGGACCGCAGGAGCCUCCGCGAUAUCGCGUCGUCUUUGCAUGACUCUACGCAUGCUUUGUUAUCUUCAGUGCUCACGACACACUACACGAAGGAGGUCCCGGAGAAAACUGCAUCGGUUUAUUGCUUGUGGGCAGCAAGCCGCUGGACGCAACAAUGAAAUCACCGUCCAGUGCUUCGAGAACCAUUGGCAUUGUGCCUACUACUACCUGGGUGGCUGCCAAUGGCUGCCAGCCCACAUCAUGGGUUAUGAACGCGUGAUCCUACCGAACCUUGUGCGUGCCAAUCUUGUAGGGUUUUCAGGUCUGUGUGGCAAACAGCACAACGGGUUGUCCGUGGACACUGGGAGCGUCAUGGUACGCGUUUAGAAGUCACUGGAGCCUGCCGUACGUCUUAGCCGCUGUCAACGGUGGGAUAAACGC